UCUGCGCGACCUACUCAGCCCUUCAAGUCGCUCGCCUUUCCAGCUAAUCCACACCCCUGCCUCUCCCAAUGGUCCUUACGACGUCUUUCCUAUUCAUUCCUGCUUUCAAUUGUCUCCAACCACCGGGCCUUUCAAACGAGCGGCGCCAUCAAGUCCCGUGUCGCCAUGGCAACCGCAGUCGUUUUUGUCGCUCUGUCUCUCUCGCACCCACACGGGAUGCCCCAUGAGUGCGAGAGAGCGAGAGAGCGACGAAAACGACUCUCGAAAUCGGUCUGCAGGCUCGUCGCACCGGCAUGUCUGUUCUGCGGCGUUGAAAACCUUUUUCGUGCCGAGCAGGAAUGGCUUUGACUGGCUGAAAAGUGUCUUCCCUAGAAGUCACAGCGCCGCCACUUACCCUCGUUUGGUGCUUCCCUGGACGCUCCGAAAGAAGAAGCAGAAGCAGUGAGCCCCGGUUUAUCUUGAUGCGCUCACUGCAUCCCAAAGAGAACCUGUUUCCAGACACUCCAUUUUUGAACUGUCUACAAUGGCUGUGUUUGUUAAGGAUUUUGUGUGGAGUCAGACAGGAGACCACAUAGUGGUCAAAGUACCCCUCAGAGGGGUAACAAAAAGUAUGGUGGACAUAUUAACUUAUGACACCUACAUAAAGGCAAAUUUUAAGCCAUUUAUAUUUGAGGCUUUUCUUCUACACCCUAUAAGAGAAACAUCCAGUAGGUGUACAGUUUCAAAUGGUGAACUAGAAUUCAGCCUUGAAAAGGUUGACAGGAAUAAUGUUUGGGAAUCUUUAUGUCGUGACUUAAGUAAGGAAGAAAAGGCCAAGGAACGAGAGGAUGUAUUACAUAGGGUGCAAUUGAAACGUCAGCAGGAGGAAAUUGAGAAGCGAGAAUUGUUGCAAAACCUUCAAAGGAAAGCUGUGCAGCAACAAAUUGAAAUGGAAACAAAUGAAAAAAAGAAAGUGGAUCAUUUAAAAGAUACGGAAAGGAACACAGUAAUGGCUGAUUUAGAAGCAUGGAAAAAUCAGAAAACGGAGACUGCACUGCCUGACCAACAUCCCAGACAAGAUGAAAUCAAAAUUAGAGAUAAUGAUAUAUGGGACCAAAAGAGCUCUUCUAGCUCCGAAGAUGAGCCCCAGGCUGAUGGUGGUGUACAGUUAACAGAAGAUGACCUUCGUCCGGUGCCUUUCCCUCGCUCAUGUGGAUCAAUUAAAAUUAAAUUCACUCCACGGACAUUUCCAACACCACAGAGAGAAUCACAGAUGGAGGAGGAACAAGCAUGGCUCAAAAAACAAGCAGCUGCACAGCGUUCUGUUGGAUUUGUGGCUGAAGAUUUGAGACCAGAAGAAUGCAAUCCUCAAUGGCUAAAGGACAAGGGAGACUCCUUUUUCAAAGUUGGAAAUUAUCUGGGAGCAAUAAGUGCCUACAGCCAUGGGAUAAAACUCUGUAAGGACAUGGCUAGUCUAUAUGUGAAUCGUUCUGCAGCGCACUACGCUGUAGGAAAUUUACAAAGGGUGAUUGAAGACUGUUCUAUGGCUCUUGAACUCAUGACCCCCCACGUCCGGUUGAAUGAGGAUUCGCGGGCCAAGUGCCACGCGCGGAGGGGCGCUGCGCUCUGCCGGCUGCGCAUGCUCAAGCCAGGGCUGGCUGACUUGCAAGCGGCUUUGGCCAUAAAGCCAGGGGAUACUAAACUUCAAAACGACAUAGAACGUGUGAAAACGCUUUUAGAAAAAUCUCCAUGUGUUGACGAUGACUUAUCAUCUAUCGGUACUUUAUGAAUUUCUGAAAAUAAGUAAAUUGCAGAUUCUUGUACUUACAAUUGUUUUAUUUCUGCACACUAAGAAGU